UGGAGACAAAUGAAGAGCCCUGCCCCUGCCCACAUGUGGAACAUUGUGCUGGUCUUGCUCUCGCUGUUGGCUGUGCUUCCGAUCACUACUACUGAGAAGAAUGGCAUCGAUAUCUACAGCCUCACGGUGGACUCCCGGGUCUCUUCCCGAUUUGCUCAUACUGUUGUUACCAGCCGGGUGGUCAACAGAGCCGAUACUGUUCAAGAAGCGACCUUCCAAGUAGAGCUACCCAGGAAAGCCUUCAUCACCAAUUUCUCCAUGAUCAUUGAUGGUGUGACCUACCCAGGGGUUGUCAAAGAGAAGGCUGAAGCCCAGAAGCAAUACACUGCUGCUGUGGGCCGGGGAGAGACCGCUGGCCUUGUCAAGACCUCUGGGAGAAAGACAGAGCAGUUUGAAGUGUCAGUCAACGUGGCCCCUGGUUCCAAGACUACCUUCGAACUCAUAUACCAAGAGCUGCUCCAAAGACGGCUGGGAAUGUACGAGCUACUCCUCAAAGUGAGGCCUGAGCAGCUGGUCAAGCACCUUCAGAUGGACAUCUACAUCUUUGAGCCUCAGGGUAUCAGCACCCUGGAGACAGAGAGCACCUUCAUGACCCAGGAGUUGGCAAAUGCCCUCACCACUUCACAGAACAAGACCAAGGCACAUAUCCGGUUCAAGCCAACACUCUCCCAGCAACAGAAGUCUCAGAAUGAGCAGGACACGGUGCUGGAUGGGGAUUUCACCGUCCGCUAUGAUGUGGACCGGUCUUCCACUGGGGGUACCAUUCAGAUUGAGAACGGCUACUUUGUGCACCACUUUGCCCCAGAGGACCUUCCUACAAUGGCCAAGAAUGUGCUCUUUGUCAUUGAUAAAAGCGGAUCUAUGGCAGGCAAGAAAAUCCAACAGACCCGAGAAGCCCUAAUCAAGAUCUUGAAAGACCUCAGCACCCAAGACCAGUUCAACAUCAUUGUCUUUAGUGGGGAAGCAAACCAGUGGGAGCAGUCGCUAGUGCAAGCAACGGAAGAGAACUUGAAGAGGGCGGUUGACUAUGCUUCCAAGAUCCCGGCUCAGGGAGCGACCAACAUCAAUAAAGCAGUGCUAUUGGCUGUGGAACUGCUGGACAAAAGCAACCAGGCUGAGCUACUGCCCUCCAAGAGCGUUUCCCUCAUCAUCCUGCUCACGGACGGCGAGCCCACUGUGGGGGAGACCAAUCCCAAGAUUAUCCAGAAGAACGCACAGGAAGCCAUCAAUGGGCGGUAUAGCCUCUUCUGCCUGGGGUUUGGCUUUGAUGUGAACUAUCCUUUCCUGGAGAAGCUGGCCCUGGACAAUGGAGGCCUGGCCCGGCGCAUCUACGAGGACUCAGACUCUGCUCUGCAGCUUCAGGACUUCUACCAGGAAGUGGCCAAUCCGCUGCUCUCAUCAGUGACCUUUGAAUAUCCCAGCAAUGCUGUGGAGGACGUCACGCGGUACAACUUCCAACACCACUUUAAGGGCUCAGAGAUGGUGGUGGCUGGGAAGCUCCGGGACCAGGGCCCUGAUGUCCUCUUAGCCAAAGUCAGUGGGCAGAUGCACCUGCAGAACAUCACUUUCCAAACGGAGGCCAGCAUAGCCCAACAAGAGAAAGAGUUCCAGGGUCCUAAGUACAUCUUUCACAACUUUAUGGAGAGACUCUGGGCGUUGCUGACCAUACAGCAACAGCUGGAGCAGAGGAUUUCAGCCUCAGGAGCCGAGUUAGAGGCCCUCGAGGCCCAAGUUCUGAACUUGUCACUCAAGUACAAUUUUGUCACCCCUCUCACGCACAUGGUGGUCACCAAACCUGAAGGUCAAGAACAAUUCCAGGUUGCUGAGAAGCCUACGGAAGUCGACGGUGGAGUGUGGAGUAUCCUCUCAGCAGUUCGACAGCAUUUCAAGACUCCUACCACAGGAUCUAAACUGCCGACAUCCAGGCUGAGAGCAAAUAGGCUCCAGACGAUGUCAAGAAUCGGGGAUGUUCUCGUUGGAUCUAGACAAUACAUGCCUCCUCCUGGACUUCCUGGACCUCCUGGACCUCCUGGACCUCCUGGGCCUCCCGGACAUCCUCAUUUUGCUUCUAGCGUUGACUACAGCGUGCAGUCUUCCUUGGGAAGGUUGCUAGACCUGCCAUCCUUAUCCUCACAAGAUCCAGCCGGCCCAAGUAUAGCCAUGUUACCGAAAGUGGUGGAACAAGAAGGAACCACACCAGAGGAAUCCCCAAACCCAGACCACCCCCGGGCUCCUACCAUCGUCCUGCCACUUCCGGGAUCCGGUGUGGACCAGCUCUGUGUGGAUAUCUUACAUUCUGAGAAGCCCAUGAAGCUGUUUGUAGACAUCAAUCAGGGGCUGGAGGUGGUUGGCAAGUAUGAGAAGAAUAUCGGGUUCUCAUGGAUCGAAGUGACCAUCCUGAAGCCUCACCUGCAGGUCCAUGCAACCCCUGAACGACUGGUGGUGACACGGGACCGAAAAAACUCUGAAUACAAGUGGAAGAAGACACUGUUCUCUGUGUUACCUGGCUUAAAGAUGACCAUGGAUAAGACGGGACUGCUACAGCUCAGUGGCCCAGACAAAGUCACCAUCGGCCUCUUGUCCCUGGAUGACCCUCAGAGAGGACUCAUGCUGCUUUUGAAUGACACUCAUCACUUCUCCAACGACAUUACAGGGGAGCUUGGUCAGUUUUACCAGGAUAUCAUCUGGGAUGAUACAAAACAGACAGUCAGAGUUCUAGGAAUCGACUACCCGGCUACCAGAGAGCUCAAGUUGAGUUAUCAAGACGGGUUCCCGGGAACAGAGAUUUCCUGCUGGACGGUGAAGAUAUAGAACUGACAGGAGCAUUGUUCGCUACCUGCCAUGUUGUCCUCGUAUGCAGGCGGAUGACACUGUGUGCCAACAGGGCCGCCUGGAAGGCCUAGACCUUGAUGGGGAAGAGGGUGCUCUCUUGUUACAAAUAAAGAAGGGUGAUGUGAACCCA